AUGGAGAUUCGUGCAGACAGUGAAACUAGUCAAGACAGCCAAACAAAGUCUGACCAGCAAUGCACACCUGAUACGGUCCAGCUCGAGCAACUUGGGCGGCAGCGCCCGGCUAUAUUUGCUAACAAUGUUAUAGAAAUAGGAUUCUGUUUCUCAUUGCUGGCAUCCAUGCUUCUAGCGGAAUACUUUAUCAGCGGAUUCAACACGAUCCUACCGGUCUUGACAGAUGCACUGGACAUACCGGAAGAGGCGAAGACUUGGCCUGCAAGCGUGUUCUCUUUGGUCACCGGUGCAUUCCUAUUACCAGCUGCUCGCCUUGCCGAUAUAUUCGGUGCCCAUAUCGUCUUCAAUUCCGGCUUGAUUUGGUAUUUUAUCUGGUCCUUGAUCGGCGGCUGCAGUAAAAACUACAUGAUGAUGAUAUUCUGCCGUGCGCUACAAGGAUUAGGACCCGCGGCCUACUUACCGGCUGGCAUCAUGCUGAUCGGAACAAUCUAUCGGCCUGGCCCUCGCAAAAACCUUGUCUUUAGUCUGUAUGGAGCCUUCUCGCCGUUAGGAUUUUAUUCGGGUAUAGCAGUUAGCGGGCUUUCUGGGCACUACCUCACAUGGAGGUGGUACUUUUGGAUAGGUGCCAUAAUGCUCUUUGUUGUGUCAAUCAUCUCGCUACUCUCUCUGCCAUCAGUUAAGUCGUCAAGUGACUCAAAAAUGGAUUGGUGGGGAUGCGCAACCAUCAUCCCGGGGUUAUUGUUGCUAGUGUACGCUAUCACAGAUAGUACUCACGCUCUAGAUGGUUGGCGAACCCCAUACAUACUUGUCACGUUCAUCCUGGGCAUUCUGUUUCUCUGUGCCGCAUUCUACGUGGAGGGCUGGGUCGCUUCGUCGCCAUUACUUCCAUUCGAUAUAUUCAAAGUAAAGUAUAUGACACCGCUGUUCACAUCGCUACUCUUUCAAUACGGUGUAUUCGGUGUCUAUCUCUUCUACGCGAACUUUUAUAUCCAAACAAUCCUCGGCAAAGACACACUAAUAACCACAGCAUGGUUCGCACCAAUGGCCGCCGGCGGCCUCAUCCUAGCCACAGCCGGUGGAUUCACGCUACACUUUAUCCCAGGAAAGCUCCUCCUUAUAAUAUCUGGGUUGGGGUAUCUUGUAGCCAUGCUGUUAUUCGCCCUCAUACCCGAAAAUCCCAACUAUUGGGCCUACAUCUUCCCCGCAAUGAUUGGGACAACCGUCGGGUGCGACAUUACAUACAGCGUCAGCAAUAUCUUCAUCACUACCAACUUACCCAAGGAUAGACAAGGGGUAGCUGGUGCUGUCAUCAAUACUACUGUUUUUGUUGGUAUCAGUCUUUUUCUGGGGGUGGCUGAUCUGACGGUGUCUGAAACUACGUAUCUCGGUUUGAAGGGUAGUUAUAAGGCUGCUUUUUGGUUUGGGGUGGCUUGUGCGGGUGUUGCUCUGGUUUUCUUGUUAUUCAUUAAGAUGGGGAAGGCGGAGAGUGAUCUUACUGUGGAGGAGAAGGAGCAGUUGCGGGCUUCUGUGGCGGAUGGUGAGGUUUAA